AUGAACCGCGACAAGAUCUUGACCGCUGCGGCGGUUGAGAGGAUGAUCGCAGCUGGUCAAACAAUCGUCGUCUUUGAAGACUCAGUUCUCAAGCUCGAUGGCUGGAUGGAUAGACAUCCCGGUGGAAGAUUAGCAGUUCUUCACAUGGUGGGCAGAGAUGCGACCGACGAGAUGAAGGCUUAUCACUCGGAAGCGACCUUACGAACAAUGAAGGCCUAUCGGAUCGGUCGGAAGCAAGGAUCCUGGGUGAACCGCACACCACCAAUUAGAGGCGGCAUCUUCCGCCUCGACGCCCAAGAGAUUGAUCUCUCGGACUCGAGCACAUCCUCCGACACCGACGACAACACGAGUCUCGACGACGCCGUUAGUUCCGCCUCGUCAUCGCCCAGCGUGGUCGACGUCAAAGAUGAACCCGAAGGUCUCCGCCAGCGGACAGUGAAGACGGCAGAUGAUUCGCGAAAGCGCACUGCCACGCUGCGAGUGGCCAAUGCAGGAGUUGCCCGGGAGAUUCAGAACGAUAUUGAGACGUACCCGUCGCUGGAUACAAGGGUGCAGGAUGAGAUUGCGAGGAAGUACCAGCUUCUUCACCAGAGGGUUCACGAUGAGGGUCUCUAUCAGUGUCCGUACGUUGAGUAUGGGAAGGAGAUGAUGCGGUACACCACGCUGUUUGCGCUCUUUGGUGUGUUGUUCUACAACCAGUGGUACAUCACUUCUGCUGUCUUCCUGGGAUUGUUCUGGCAUCAAAUCAUGUUCAGCGCGCAUGAUGCUGGCCAUCUUGCGAUUACGUCUAAUUUUGUGGUCGACACACUCAUUGGCAUGUUUAUUGCUGAUUUCUGCUGUGGCCUGUCGAUUGGAUGGUGGAAGAGCAGUCACAACGUGCACCAUCUUGUGACAAACAUGCCUGAACACGAUCCUGAUAUUCAGAACGUUCCUCUCUUUGCGACAUGCCCCUCAUUCUUCAAGUCCCUUCGCUCAACUUACUACAACUUCACUUUCGUCUGGGACGCCGCAGCCGAUUUCCUCGUUCCCUUCCAGCGCUGGACUUACUACCCCGUCAUGGGCAUCGCUCGUUUCAACCUUUACCUCCUCUCCUGGCUCCACGUCCUCUCUGAGAAGUCCUCACAGCUCGGAAAGAGCCGCGCCUGGUGGAUUCGACCUACCGAGAUCACCUUCAUGGCCUGCUACUGGUUCCUCUUCGGCUACUGCCUCCUCUGGCGUGGUAUCCCCGACUGGACCACCCGCGUCAUCUUCGUCCUGGUCUCCCACAUUAUCACCAUGCCGCUCCACGUUCAGAUCACCCUCUCCCACUGGGGAAUGUCGACCGUCGACCUCGGCGAGACCGAGUCCUUUGCGCAGCGCCAGCUCCGCACCACCAUGGACGUCGACUGCCCUGCGUGGAUGGACUUUGUGCACGGCGGUCUUCAGUUCCAGGCCGUUCACCACCUGUUCCCUCGUGUGCCGCGCCAUAACCUGCGCAAGGUGCAGUCCAUGAUCCGAGAGUUUUGCAACGACACCGGUGUGCCGUACUCGAUCCUCAACUUCACCGAUGGCAACAGAAAGGUGUUGGGGCGGUUGAAGGAUGUUAGCGAUCAGUUGGAUAUCAUGAUCAAGUGCCAGCAGCACAUGGCGAGGACGGGAGAGAGUGGAUUGCAUUAG